GCCCAAAAGGGGAGAUUCUUGCGGCGCUGAAUUCGGGGGGAGGAGGGGGGGGGGGGGUGCGGCUGAGCUUUAGAGAAUUUUGAUGAAUUCUCGCCGAUCCAGGUCUGUAAAGCUUGUGUCCACCCGCGCCAAGCCCCUUGAGGUCGAGAUCGCCGAGGAGGAUGAACGGAUGAGCUCCUCGGCCAGCAACACGGUGUACUGCUGCAUUGCAAAGGGGAAGAAGAUCAUCUACUGCUACAACAGCAAGGAUGGUGAUCCACACAUGGAGACCACGGCCGCGCUCUGCCUUGAGAAUGCGCCUUCGUAUCACCGGCAUUACAUCCACACGGCGGGUUCAAGGAGCUACAGCUACCUCAUGGCUGAUGGGCACACCUUCUUCGCUAUCAUUGACCCGAGUGUCGGAAAUGCCGGCGCCUUGCAGUUCCUGGAGCGUGUUCGUGAUGUGUUCAGGACUGUAAAUAGGAAUGGCUUCCAUGACUCACUGGUACCGGCUGUACAGAGGCUGGUGGCUUCGCUGGAGAAGAUGCCACAUGCAGCAUUUGUCCUUGAGGAGAGUGUGGAAAAGGGAGACCCUAGUGACAGCUCUAGCUGCACAUCGUCCAAGGUACCGUUGCUAGGGAGAAGUGGGAGCAGGAAGGAUAAGAAGAAGGCUAAGGAGAAGGCGGCGUCGGCUGCGGUCUGCGAUGAUGAGCAGCAUGGAACUAGGGGAGUGAGAAUUGAUGUGCCGCCGGACGAGGUUGGCGGCAUGUCACUGGAGAGGAGUCCAAGCCAGUCCAGGCUGCGGCGGCAGCACUCAUCCCGGUCAUUGUGGGUGCGCCAUGUGAAGAUCAUCAUCGUCGUCGAUGCCAUCAUCUGUGUACUGUUGUUUGCUGCUUGGCUAGCCGUUUGUAAGGGUUUCCGGUGUGUGUCUGGUUGAGGAAAGGAAACAAGUUAUAUAGCUAUUGGAGAAAUGAGAAAGCUUGAAUUUGUGGUGAGUUUUGACAUGUUUUUUUUUCCCGGAAAGGUAAAUACCAGCCAAGAAAAUGGUGAAUUGACAGUUUUACCUGAAAUUAUUGGGGAUGUUACAGUUACCAAGAUACAAUAUGCUGUUGAUGAUCAGAUGAUGAAAAUGGAGGCUCAAUUUUGUAAACAUGUACAUAUGCUUCUCCUCUUGUACAUGAAGUUUGAAUGUACAUAUGCUUCACCUCUUGCACAUGAAUACAUAAUAUUGUGAUAGGGUUAUUAAUAGAUGUUAUGUGUUCGUGAUACACGUGUACUUGAUGUGCUGAGUUCAUCUUGUGGUCA